AGUGAGCAGGGCAUCCAUCCUAUGAGCAUCUCUGCAAAACAGCCACUUGAGACAUUGGUGUAAAUCAAAUUUCUGACAGUGUGUUUUUAUCAUAAUUAGAUUAUUUAGUCACAUCAGAGUGCAUGCAUCUUCCAGUGCGCCUGGGAAACAUGGGACUGCUGUUUCACGCAUCUUUGUUAUUCUUUCUCUUCACCCUCGUUCAUACAGAUACAUUGACGACAUGUGGAUCCGAUAAUUUCCAGUGUGGGAACGGUAAAUGCUUGCCGGCUCGAUGGGCGUGUGACGGCAUGGACGACUGUGGAGACGCCACUGAUGAACUUCCUGCUACCUGCAUGACUAAAACCUGCAAGCCGAUAGAGUUCAGCUGCACGGACCGUCUGAACCAGUGCAUCCCGGAGAGCUGGCACUGUGACGGGAAAGCUGACUGUGAGAAUGGAGCUGAUGAGGAGAGCUGUGCGCCAAAGCUGUGCACGAACACAGAGUUUCGCUGCGGGAGUGGUCAGUGCGUAUCGUCGUCCUUCGUGUGUGACGAUGAGGCGGAUUGUGACGAUGGCAGUGAUGAAGCGUCCUGUCCGCCGGUCACCUGCAGCCCGGCCUCCUUCCAGUGCAACAACACCGUCUGCGUGCCUGGUCUGUGGGCCUGCGACGGAGACAUGGACUGCUCCGACGGCUCCGAUGAGUGGCCUCUGAGCUGCGGAGGAGCGAAGACACCGGUUACUGUUCCCGCUCAUCAGUGUUCGAACCUGGAGUUCCCCUGCGGCAGCGGGGAGUGCAUCCACAGCAGCUGGAAGUGUGACGGAGGCGUCGACUGCCUCGAUAGAUCUGAUGAAGCAGGAUGUGCACCCACCACCUGUGCUCCCGAUGAGUUUGAAUGUGAUGACGGUUCUUGUAUCCACGGCAGCCGGCAGUGCAACCAUCAAUUCGACUGCAGGGACCGCAGCGAUGAAUUCGGCUGCGUCAACGCAACCCACUGUGAUGGUCCGACCCACUUUAAGUGCCGCAGCGGGGAGUGUAUUAGCAUGGAGAAGGUGUGUGACAGGAACCGUGAUUGCAGGGAUUGGACAGACGAGCCUCUGAGGGAAUGUGGCUCCAAUGAAUGCCUUUACAACAACGGCGGCUGCUCGCAUAUUUGUAAUGACCUGAAGAUCGGAUACGAGUGUCUGUGUCCUACUGGAUAUAACCUGGUGGAGAAAAAACGCUGUGCAGACAUCGACGAGUGUGCCAACCCGGACACCUGCAGCCAGAUCUGCAUCAACCUGGUGGGCAGCUUCAAAUGUCAAUGUGAGGAGGGGUACCAGGUGGACCCUGCAACCAAAGCCUGCAAGGCCAUCGGUACAAUCGCCUACCUGUUCUUCACCAACCGUCAUGAAGUCAGAAAGAUGACGUUGGAUAAGAGUGAGUACACCAGAGUGAUCCCCCGUCUGAAGAGCGCUGUGGCUCUCGACAUGAACAUGGCCACCAAAGACAUCUACUGGUCCGACAUCUCCCAGAAGAAGAUCUACAGAGCUCCGAUGGACUCGGCUGAAAACCCGGCUGAACACAGCGUAGUGAUCGGCAGAGACAUGGACGCACCUGAAGGCAUCGCGUUCGACUGGAUCCACGGGAACCUGUACUGGACCGACAGCAUCCAAAGCACCAUCUCCGUGGUUACCGCUGAUGGCAGCCGCCGAAAAACUAUCUUCCGUCGAGAUUUAUCCAAACCCCGUGCCAUUGUGGUCGACCCCCACAGCAACUUCCUUUACUGGACCGACUGGGGGAGUCCCGCUAAGAUCGAGAAAGGAGGUUUAAACGGAGGAGACCGAACCGCUCUGGUCACCGACAACAUUGAGUGGCCAAAUGGGAUCACAAUCGACCUGUUGAACCAGCGGCUGUACUGGGUGGACUCCAAGCUGCACACCCUCUCCAGUAUCGAUGUGCAGGGCGGUGGUCGACGCACCAUCAUCCUGGACGAACACAAGCUGGCUCACCCUCUGGGCCUCACUGUGUUUGAGGAAAGAGUGUAUUGGACCGACGUCAGUAACAAUGCCAUCUUCAGUGCCAACAGGCUGACGGGGGAGAACAUCACAGCCGUGGCAGAGCACCUCUCAUCCCCAGAAGACAUUAUCCUCUUCCAUAACCUCAAACAGCCCGCUGGCAGGGAUUGGUGCCAGGUCUCCGGCUGUGAAUACUUGUGCCUGGCAGCUCCUCAAGUGGGCCGACACCCCCCCAAAUACACAUGUGUGUGUUCAGAUAACAUGAUGCUAGCCCGGGAUAUGAGGUCAUGCGUACCUGCCGUGCCAACGCCUGAAGCUCCUGUGCAGCCUCAGGUUCCAGCUACAGACCCUCCUCGUCGCCCUCCAGUUCCAGCCAGCACCACACCCAAGACCCUGGUCCAAACCACCCCAAAACCCCAAAUCCGUACCACAACUAAACCCCUGAUUCGUACCACCCCAGUUCCCAUUAUCUCCACCACUGCAGCCAGGCCAGCACCACGCACCACCAUCAAACCUCCAGUAAAGACCACCACCCCAGAACCAAAGAUCCCGUCACCCAGGCCGGUGAAUCCUAAAAUCCCCCAGACCACCACAGGCGCUCUGGUGAAUCCUAAAAUCCCCCAGACCACCACAGGCGCUCCAGUCACAUCUCCAGACAUCCAACAUAAAUUUGCCACUGCUGUACCCAACACUGCCUCCACCACGCCGAUAGCUCUGUAUAUAGCAUUACCUCUGGCGAUCCUUUGUCUGGUGGCUUUUGGUGGCGUGCUACUAUGGAGGAACUACAGGCUGAAAAACACCAACACAAUCCACUUUGACAACCCCGUUUACCAGAAAACCACCGAGGACCAAGUGCACAUUUGGAGGAGCAACAGCAUUGAUGGUUACUCCUACCCAAAAAGACAAGUCGUGAGCUUGGAUGAAGAAGAGGACAAUCCAACCUUCACAGAAAACUGAAAAAAGUCGUGCUGAGUGGAAAGAAGAGCCUUGAUGAUAAGCUACCUUGGACGUCCUUGUGUAUUUUUUACCUGACAUGGCACAAAGAUAUGGAAUUUAAAGCCAGUCUUGAAACCACUAUAUCCUCACAAGCAGUGCCAAAAAAACCGGGUGAAACUUAUUUUGAGGUUGCAUAUUUUUUACAAGGUUGACAAUCCAUUGCUGACACUAUCAUACCAAAUCAACAGAUUGUGAAUUUCUCAGUCUAAAUAUAGUUUUUUAAUCAGUUUCCAAAUUGGGAUGCUUAUGAUAUAACUGAAAAACUGUGUCGCUAAAAGCCACAUCGUGUCUUGUUUUGGGCUCAAAAUAUGCAACUAAGGAAUUCCCUCUAAUGUGUUUAAGGUACAAUUCACGCAUAAGUGUUAAAAAUAUCUUUGUGUAUCACUUUUGUUACUUCAUGGACAUUUAUCAAAGCUCAUUUAAUUUGUUUGGCCAGUUUCAUGCCUUUAUGGUAAAUAUAAGGCUAGCACGAGCAGACUGUUAGCUUAGCUUAGCUCAAAGACAAAAGGGAAAGGGCUAGCCUGGUGGGAAUUGGAUAGAUGCUUAUUGUACAGAAUAAAUAAUCGAGAUAUAAAUAAGUUAUAUUUAGCUUUAUUGACUCGGUUUUGAAGGUUUUAUUACCACAGCAAGGCUAGUUGUUUACAUUUUCUUCCAGUCUUUGUGCUAAGCUAAGCUAACCAACAGCAUCCACAUGUUUAAGAAACAUAUAUGUGAGCGGUAUCAAUCUUCUCGUCUGACUCUCGACUAGAAACCAAAAUAUUGAACUGUUAGUUUUAUUAUGAAGCUGCAACUAGGCGGCGAUUAACUCACCUGUAAGACAUGUCGCUUUUGUGUUUUUGUUUUCUGUACGGAACAACAAAAGUGAAAAAUAUCAUGCAUUAUCAUUAACAUUAGGUGGUUUUUGCUACUAUUGAACAAAGCCAUGCUAACCCCUUUUCAGUCUCUAUGCUAGGCUAAGCUAAGCUAAUCGCCUUAUGGCUCCAGCUCCAUACUUAACGGAAAGACAAUCUUCUUCUCCUCUCAUCUAACUGUCUUCCAAGAAGGCGUGUAUAUUUUCCUCUUUGGUCAUUGGACACAAGAAAAAAUCUGAAAAAAACACUAGAGUGGGUUUUAAGGUGAGGUACAUAAUAGGAAGAAUUCCACAAGUGCCAGUUUAACCAGUGUGACCUCAAUAAGUCCCAAUUAUGUAUCGUGUGUUGUUAUGAUUUAGUCGUUGCCUCAGUAGAGGAGCAAAAACACCAUCCAAAGGGACCUAAAGACACUGCUGUGAAAACCUCAAAGAGUAGCACUGUGCCUUGAUUUAUGCCUCUGCGACGUCUUCAAAUGUCGACAUAUGGUAAAAACAAAAAUGAUCUUCACCAGCUGCCUUAUGUUCCAGAGUUUCUCAGAACCGUUUUCAGCUUCUGAUUUGUGAUGAGCUCCUUCCUCAUGCGCCUCUGGGGAGGAUCGUUGCAUAACGUAGAGACUGUAACACUUUGAUGAACCCACGUGUUACCAAUGGGGCCAAUGCUAACACUCUUUACCAUGGCACGUGUAUAUUUAUAUCCUCCCUCGGGACCUGAACUUCACCUUUCCUUGAACAUUCCUGAUAAAAACAAGCCAUGUGUUGGUGUUAAAAACAUCCCCACCAGGUGUUUGAGCUCCUGUGUUUGUAUCACUGACAAAUGUGUGCCUUUUUUAAUGAAAUAAUAUGCUCACAUGUUCAUAUUGAUGCUAUUGACCUCAAUGGAUAUGUAUGAAAUCAAUGUGUUUACAGUGACUUGUGUGAGCGAUGUGGCGGUUUAACAUACAGAUGUUUUCGGGAUGUGGUUUAAUGACCAUUGUGAGGUCUUAAGGUAGAAAACAUCCAUAAGUGCUGAUGAACUUAUUGUCAUUUUACAUCCACUGACUAUCAGCGAGGAUGAAGCAUGUACAUAUAAUGUUCAUAAAUGUAAAUAUUUGUUCUUUAUUUUUUUUGUCAGUGUUUUAGAUUUUGUUGUAAACUUUAAACCUUUUCUGUACAUAAAUAAAUGCUUCUAUUUAUUAUAGAAUCAC